UUCAAUCAGCUGACUGAGAAGAAAACUGUAUAAUUUAUAUCAAUAUAAUUACUGUGAUUACUAGUACACACAAAUCCAUAAACUAUUUUGUUGUAAUUAAUUAUAUCUUUUAAAAAAUAUUUGUUUGAGAAAAUUUCAAUUUUCACAGAACAUUUUUGAAGGGAAAAAAUAUCAAGUCAGCGUUGCAAACAACAGACAGACGAAUCUUUAUUUUGAGGUUAGAGAGCAGAUAAUUUGUUUAUUUUCAACAUAGAAAAAAUACUGAUCAUUUUCUCAUUCAUUUUCAAGUUAACCCGUUGAUAACAUAGUACAUAGUUGAAAUCCAAUAGCUAGUGUUUAUUUCUGAUUUUAUCGAGAGUCUAAAGUUUAUUCAAGUAUGGAAGGUGAAGCAGGCUCAGGAAAUGUUCACGGACAAAUGUUAGCCGAUGGUAGUCAACUUUAUUUUGAAGAACUUUUGCGUCGGCGACUCAUGGAAUGUGGAUGGUGUGAUCAAAUGAGGAUGAUUUGUAAGGAGGUGAUUAAUGAGAAGGGCAAGAAGAUAUCGGUUGACGAGUUAUUGGCUGAAGUAUCACUGCGUGCAAGAACUUUGGUACCCAUGUCUGUAAAAAAGGAACUCCUUCAAAAAGUAAAGAAUCAUCUUCUUAAUCAAGCUGGCUAUUACAAUCGCACAUCAAAUAAAACUCAGGAUGUUGAUUAAGCUUAUAAAUUUUUGAAUUCAUGUAAUAUUCUUGUGACAAGUAUCCGGGUGAUGAUUGAACUUGAACUAAAUCUAAUAACUUCACAAACAUUUUUGUUCUUAUCUUGUAAAAUUCAAUAAAUGAAU